AUGCCUCUCAACGCUGGCGCUUCACUUUAUCGACGGUCCCUGAAACUGGCCCUUGAUUGGGCCGUUCACCGCCAUAUCUGGAGAGGACAAGCUGUGUAUAUCCGCUCACUUUUCGAGGCCAACAAAGAUGUUCGCGAUCCCCGUCAGCAGAAGGUACUGCUUCAAGAGACAGAAAAGCUCCUAGAGACAUGGAAACACCCUGACCCUUACCGCGCACCUACGGCCCCGGGUGGCAGCAAGUACGAGAGAAACAUUCCCGCCCCUCAAUUGCCCCGUGAGUGA